AUGGGGGUGGCUGGGUGGCUUGCCAAGGGUCUGUUCACCCGCCUGUCGCCCACGCAGGUCUGUUCACCCGCCUGUCGCCCACGCAGGUCUGUUCACCCGCCUGUCGCCCACGCAGGUCUGUUCACUCGCCUGUCGCCCACGCAGGUCUGUUCACCCGCCUGUCGCCCACGCAGGUCUGUUCACCCGCCUGUCGCCCACGCAGGGUCCGGCCCGAGCGUGGACCGCUCAGUGAGCAGUUCGCCCCGACCCUCCAUCUGCUCAGACGCAGACCUGCCCUAUAUCUCCUACACCGUCAACCGUCCUAUAGGCGACUCCCCGAAGCACAGUAGUCGCGUUGGCGGCGCCCUGCGGCGGACGGGCUCCCACCGCCGCCUGGGGCGCCGGUCAUCACAGAGCGGCGGGGCGGUGGGCCGCCCCAGCGAGGUGGUGGUGGUCAGGGAGGCGCCCACCAACUCCCAGCAAGACGCUGACCUCGCCAGGCUCCAGUGCAUCCAGCCAUUCCUGCCCAUCAUGCGCGGCGCGCUCACGGCGCCAGCGGUGCGGGACCCCGAGGUGCUGGAACGCAUCAGUCCCGCGCACCUGUGCGCCCUCGCCCGCUGCUACCAGACGCACCUGCACGCUGCUGCUGCUGCUACAGCUGCUCAGCAGGACGACAUCACCGCAGCCAUCAAACAGUUGGACGCAACCCUGGCGACGGUGAUGUCCAUCCUGACGGAGAGACAGCGAGCCUUCGCCCGACACGCCGAGCGUCUAAGUCAUGUCUCAGAACUAAGCCAUUCUCUCACGACCUGCCACGCUAACCUUAACACUCUCAUAGAGACCCUUGACACGCUCAAUAACUUGCUGCCUAUACCUGACCGCCUCGAACCGUUCGUCUGGACCACAGGAUGAAACUUGCGUUUACCUUGCGUAAGUGUAGGUUCUUUAAACUUUGUCUUCUCAGUCUUAUUAUUAGUUAUAGGCACGGAUCUCUAGUUCAUAUCUCAUCCCUAGACAUCGAAUUUGUAUGUAAAUAUUCAUUGAGAAUAUGUAUAUUAGCAUUCUGCUGACGAAAUAUUUAUAGUUUUUAUGUCUUAUUGAUCUGUAUUAUAUACUUAAAAAUUCCAAUCGUCGAUGCUCCGUUUUGUUGGAGUUUUUUUUUUGUGUCAGUAAGAUAAGAUCUUUUAUCCUCUUGUUGUAUUUGUCGAUGUAAUAUUAUUUUCAUUAAAAGUUACCUGUGUUGAUUUAAAGAGACAUCUUUCAAUGGACUAGAUUGCCUCCUCUUCCUUGCCUAGCGCCAAUAUCCGACAAUUUAUAUCACAAUAUUUAUUGAAAGUUCUUUAGUCGGACUCAAGCAUUUAUCCCCCUCGUUUCCUCACGAUCCACGGCUUUUAAAUUCUUCUAUUUGCUGUAUAAUUUUGUCAGGCACAGAAUUCGUGUUUGAUAUUUCCCUUUAUGACGGAAUGCAGCCUCAGCAGAGGUUAUAUGUGAACAUAUGCAAGAGUAUAGGUGCCUUCUGCUCCCUAGUUCUUUGUGUGCAUUUCUAACUAGAAAAACUAUGAUCCCAGUCUUUUUAGCAAUUCUUCGAGCGCUAAAUCAGCGUAAAAAGUGUAUUCAUAGUAUGUAUGUAUAUCUAUUCUAAAGUCGAUCUAUUCCCUUAACUUUUGUUUACGUUGUGUUGAUGCUAAAUGUUAAUUAGUCUAGCAAAUUGUUGCGUAUAGCAUUCAAAAAAGUUUGAUGUUUUUUCGAUGUGUUUUAGCUGCCUUAAAGCAUCGUGUAUGUAAUUAAUGCUGUGCACAUAAAGAGCGCAAGUUAAGGGUGUUCUGCACAUCACGUCUCUGACGAAAGCUUGGCAAGCGACCAAGAGUGUCGCCCUCUCGGCUGACACGUCACGCGCUAUAUAUUCAAAAAAAUAUCUCUGCUAUUUACUGUCUAUAAUUAAUGAGACGUUGAAGUAUUAUUUUCUUCAUGUUUUGUUAUGAAAAAGUGGUUUUAUUGAGUUUUAUGUGGUGUCCAAACAUGAGCGUCGUCCUCUGGCCGACACGACACGCCGCAGGAGCACCUAUAUAUUCAAAAAUUAUGUUAUAUAUUUACUGUUUAUAAUUAGUCAUACGUUGAAGUAUUAUUUACUUCAUGUUUUGAUGUGAAAAAAUGGUUGUAUUGAGUUUUAUGUGGUGUCCAAAUUUGAUCUUAAAGAUAGCUUUGUAUCUGAGACAGGGGCGCUUAUGUUUCGCUUCUCAAUUUGUGCUGUAAUUGAUUGAAUAUCCUUGAAUAUGUGGGCCAAGAAUAGUAUUAUCCGUUCAUAGUUUGUAUUCAUGAUUCAGUUGGACUUGCGGCAUUGCCUUCAUUGAAGUUAUUAGAAAAGAACGUUUGGAUCUAUUAGGUAUUACUGCAUUAAUGGAAAUACUAAGGCGUCUUUUAUUAAUUUUGAAAUUUUUGGUUGAUUGGAAAAUUGCUACAGUCUAUAAAAUGUUAAGAAAUACAAAUUUUUUGUUAUAGUACAAAUGUAUUACCGUAAAGUAUUCGAUCAAUUUGUCUUAUCAUCGAUGCUAAUCAUUUCCUCUAUGAUUAGGUGCGCUUGUUCCAUUUUUAGUCCCAUAUGAUACAGAAGUCGAACCAAUACCAUUUUGUUACGAUAAAGACUGCUGCGCGCAUUUAUUACGUCUUAGUGUAUUUCACAUGCGGUUCAUUGCAAAUAGCGCUGAAGUCUUAGUUAUUUUAUCAUAUAACCCACUGAUAUAUACGUCAUGGUUCGUUAUUUAUGAGCGUCCGUUAUUUUAGUUUAAUUGCCAUUCUAGGGAACUAGUGAAUGAUUGUUGUGAGAACAUUUGACUCUGAAUAUGUUGACAGUUUUAUUCCUAUGAGGUUUGAUUCACGGAAGCUUUAUUCAGGUGAUUAAUCCGUCACAAAUGGAGUGUGAACACAUUUGGCGGUUGAGGGUUGCUCAUUUUUAUUAGCAUGUGGUGUAUUUGCUUGGCGCUAAUAGCAGUCAAAAUUGUAAGUGUGCAAUUUUUUGGGCUUGUUAUGAAACUGAUUUGUAAACGACGGGGAAAGCUAUAAUAAAGUAUUUAUAUCUGAUCUGUGGCUCAAAAUUGUAAGUGUGCAAUUUUGUUGGCUUGUUUUAAAACUGAUUGGUAAACGAAGGGAAAACUUAUAAUAAAGUAGUUAUGUCUGAUCUUGUGGCUCAAAAUUGUAAGUGUGCAGUUUUGUUGGCUCGUUUUAAAACUGAUUGGUAAACGAAGGGAAAACUUAUAAUAAAGUAGUUAUGUCUGAUCUUGUGGCUCAAAAUUGCAAGUGUGCAGUUUUGUUGGCUCGUUUUAAAACUGAUUUGGUAAAUGACUGGAAAACUUAUAAAAAAGUAGUUAUGUCUGAUCUUGUGGCUCAAAAUUGUAAGUUUGCAAUUUUGUUGGUUUGCUUUAAAACUGAUUUGUAAACGAAGGAAAAACUUAUAGUAAAGUAGUUAUGUCUGAUCUUGUGGCUCAAAAUUGUAAGUGCAAUUUUGUUGGCUCGUUUUAAAACUGAUUUGUAAAUGAAGGGAAAACUUAUAAUAAAGUAGUUAUAUCUGAUCUUAUGGCCCCUAAGUAGCAUCUGCCCAGAUCAAGCUCGGUUCGUGAACUGCGCUCGAGCGCGCGAGUGACCGCGACGGCAUCCGUUAUUUUGGCUAGCGUGC